AUGGAUUCUUCAAGCACAAAUCUUGUGAAUAAGUACAGAUUUGAUCAUAGUUUCAAUGAUGUACACCAACUUCUGAUGGGAUCACCGUCAAAUCCUGUUGAUGUUAUUCCGUGUGAUGAAGAUAUGACGGUUGCAUGUGACUAUUUCGAUGGCGUUUAUGACUACAUUAAGCAGAUGCUUAUGGAAGAAGACGACUUGGAGCAUAGGCCUUGCAUGUUUCAGGACUGCUCAGCUCUCCAGGCCGCUGAGAAAUACUUCUAUGAUGCUCUCAGCGAGAAAGACUCGUCCCGUCAUGAUUGCUAUUGUAGGACUCCAGAACAAACUUCUGAUUCUGUCCUUACUCAAUGGUCCCUCAUCGACUCCCAAAUCUGUCAACCAGGUUUACAAAUAGGUGUUCCUUCAAGAUUUACCUAUGAUUUUAACGCCCUUCUUGACACACCUUCGAGUCCGGUUCUUAAAUCUACUGCUAUCAGUGAAAGCCAAGAAAUUUACCAGUCCAGGGGAAUUGCCAAGGAUGUAACCAACUUACUCCAAAAUAAUUUUGUCAAUCAUAACCUGCAAGUAUUGGCCUUUACUGAUGGAGGAAGUAGUAGUCGGGAAGAUUCACGAAAUAAGGACUCCAAGAGGAUGAAAAAUCAUUCACGAGAGAAUGAAGAUUGUGUACAAGGACGUAAUAGUAAGAUGUUAGCAAGUUAUGUCGAAGAGUCCGAGCACUUGGAGAACUAUGAUAAGGCAUUACUUUGUCCUAACAUGAACCCUGGUUUCUAUGGUCAGCAUUCUGACGAUAAUGAAUCGUCAGAAAACACGUCGAGUUACAGAAAAACGACAGAGGCGAAACGAGGAAGGCCACGGGGUAGUAAAAAACAAGGCAACAUAAAGGAAGUGAUUGAUUUGAGGAGUCUACUAAAUCGAAGUGCUCAAGCAGUGGCAAACUAUAAUACCAUGACGGGCCACGAACUUCUAAGGCAAAUUAGGCAAUACUCUUCUCCGUGUGGCGAUGCAACCGAAAGAUUGGCACAUUACUUUGCUGAUGCCCUCGAGGCACGACUUACAGGCACCGGACCAUCACUGUACAUGGCUUUUUCGACUAGGAAAAUCCCUGCUGCAGAUCUACUGAAAGCAUAUCAGACAUAUGUUGCAGCGUGCCCAUUCAAAAGGAUGUCCAAUAUUUUUGCUAACAAGUCAAUAGCACGAGAAAUAAACGAAGCAACAAGAAUUCACAUAAUUGAUUUUGGUAUUCUGUAUGGUUUUCAAUGGCCUUGCAUAAUCCAGGGCAUUUCCUUGAAACCAGGGGGAGCUCCAGUACUUCGCAUUACAGGAAUAGAUUUUCCUCAGUCGGGUUUCAGGCCAGCGGAACGAGUUGAGCAGACAGGACGUCGUCUACAGAAAUACUGUGAGAGAUUUAAUAUUCCUUUUGAGUACAAUGCCAUAGUAAAGAAAUGGGAUACGAUUAGCUUAGAGGAUCUCAAGAUUGACAGAAAUGAAAUGCUGGUUGUAAAUUGUCUGUACAGGCUAAGACAUGUGCCUGAUGAAUCCGUAGGUGUAAACAGUCCACGGGACGCGGUUUUGAACUUGAUCAAGAAGAUAAAUCCAGAUCUUUUUGUCCAUGGAAUCGUAAACGGAACUUACAGUGCCCCAUUCUUUUUCACACGAUUCAAAGCAGCACUAUACAAUUACUCUUCUUUUUUCGAUAUGCUUGAGGCAACAAUUCCCCGGGAAGAUCAAGAAAGGUUGCUAUAUGAAAGAGAGGUGUUUGGACGAGAUGUUAUGAAUGUAAUAGCAUGUGAAGGUUUCGAAAGGGUUGACAGACCAGAAACUUACAAGCAAUGGCAAGCUCGGAAUCAGAAAGCCGGAUUCCGGCAGCUGCCAUUGAACCAGGAUAUCAUGAAAGAAAUCAAGGCUAAAGUAUUGAGAGGUUACCACAAGGAUUUUCUGGUGGAUGAAGAUAGCCAGUGGAUGCUGCAAGGAUGGAAAGGUAGAGUUCUUUAUGCUCUUUCUUGUUGGAAGCCUCAUGAGAAUGAAUAA